ACAGGAUUUAAUGACAAAACGUAAUGAAUGAACCUUUCAUUUGCACUGUCUAAACAAGACUUUAUUAUUACUGGUGAAAUUAUUCAAAUAAGUAACGAGAAUUUUAUCGAUGACAAAAACAAAAAAUCCAGCAAAAUCUUCAGUAUCAUCAAAAACAGAUAUGGUACGUAUAUUAUUUUAUUCUGGUGCGUUAAUCGUGGCCUGCUGUGCUGUGGCUGUUGUUAUAUUUGAAACGAACGUUGGAAAAGAUUUUCUCGCAAAAGUUAGAGGCAAAGACAGUACUUUUGCGGAACAUAGCAAACCUGAUGUAAAAGAGGAAAAAUUGCGUAGUAACGACGAAGGAAAAAGGAACAAGAACGUUAAACAAUCGGUGAAAACAGAGCAAAAAUCGGCACACGUGGGUGACAGUGGGAGCAGUGAUACGUUGGCAAAGAAUACAAAAGACGGAAUGAAGCAUGAAACCAGGAACACGAUAAAUGACGACGGAAAAGAUACCAAUAAGAAUAUUGACGUAAGUACUGAAACGCUGAAACAGUCUGAUAAGUACAAUGAUUAUACAAACAAUGAAAGUAAAACAGUAAUAAGUGAGGAAAGUGACUACACUGAUGAGGUGGAAAAUGAAUGGGAAAAAAUGUACGACGAAUUUAGUAAAGAAAAUUUAGAUAAAACACAGGAAAAACAAGAUGAAAAACAAGACAAUGAACAAGAAAGUUUUUAAAAGACAAGAAAAAGAAAAAGUUGUGCAUGAGAAGGAUACUCCGAUGGUUGACAUGGAAACACUAGCUCAAGAGGAAGACUACCAUUUCGUAGAAGAAAACACAAGUGAUGUAGACGAGCCUACAGUUGUAGAAAAUAUAAAAGAAGAGAGUAAAGAAGGAGAAAAAAAUGACAGAGAGAAAGAUAGUAAUGAGAAAAAAGAAAAGAAGAAAGAAGAAGAUGAAGAAAAUAUUAGUGUUGGUGACAGUUUGUUGGAUCUUGAAAAACAACGCAAAAUAAACAAGGAUGAAAAAAAAUACGAACCAAUAACUGAACCUGAAGGACCACCAAUUGAUCAAAGUCCAGUUCAUGUACAACGAGGGUUGAGAGGGGAUUAUGGAGGAAAAGACUGCCAGGACGAAAAUAAAAAUUGUCCUGGUUGGGCCAAACUUGGUGAAUGCCAAAAAAACCCACUUUGGAUGCAAGUGUAUUGUAAAAAGAGCUGUGAUGUUUGCAGUUGCAGCAACAACGAUAUAAAAUGUUAUCAAUGGGCAAAGACUGGCGAAUGUGAGAAAAAUAGUGAAUGGAUGAAACAGAAUUGCAUGAAAAGUUGUGAACUUUGUUAAUGUUUAAAACAUCUUUUUACAUUAAUUUUGAUGUUCAUAUUUAUUAUAAGAUGUGCCUACUAUAAAAAAUUUAUGACUCCUUUAAAUGUUUGGUAUUUCACUUUUAAUAAAAGGAAGCAACUAUA